AUGAAUCGCGGACGUGGUGGGUCUCGAAGACCAAAUCGAGGGGGAGGACGUCACAAUUUAAAGCCGCGCUCGGUAAAUCGUACCGUUUUUCCUUCAGAAUUAGAAAAACAAGAGGACUUGGAAGACGACAAUGACUAUGGUGAUGUUAGCAAACCUCGUGAUCUUUUGCCGGUAAAAGAGAGAGACGUGAUGCCGAAAAUUAAACGGAGAUCGAAGGCCCCGAUUCAAAAACUUCAAAUGAGCAUAGAAAACCAGGAAAUGAUUAAAGAAGUUUUGCAUGACUUGCAACUUUCUCAAAGCGGCCACGAGGACCAGAAGAGUUUGGUUUCCAGUGUUAAGCAGGCGAGGAUCAAUGAAGCUUAUUGGAAAAAAUUUGGCGAUAACAAACUCUUGAUUGAGGGUGGUGUCAGCAAUGCUGAUAAUCGCGACGGCGAAUCACAAAUUGACGAAGAAAUUUAUAGUUCUCAUGCGGUUAAAAAAUUGCAGCAGUGCGGCUUUGAGAGAAUUAGAUGCACUGAAGCUCUUAAGGAGAGCGAAGGUGAUUUAGGAGCAGCGCUGGAGUUUUUAAUCUGCAGCUGUUGUGGACUAAGUUGUCUUGGAAAGACAAAUCCCGAUUAUAGCGAUGAAAGGUUCCAGGAAGCGUCGUCUCAUAGACAAGAAGAAGCAGUGGCUCUUGAAUCAAUUUACAAUGACGCCUUUACAAAGGUUAUUGCAGACAAUGUGUGGACCAUAAAAUUAUCGUUGCCCUUUCUACUGGAUAAAUUUAAGCAGGAAAGCAGAAAGGAAAACUCAGGAAAAAGUAAGGCAGGAAAGAAGGCAGAGACUGCAGCUGAUAUUUGUAGAUUCUUUUUGCAAGGUUAUUGCAAAUUUGGUGAUAAAUGUAGACUUAAACAUAUCUUGUGUGAGGAGGGAACUGGCUCAAAAGAAGCACUGAAUAAAUCAGAAAGGAAAAAUAAAAGUCUUGAGAGUGAAGAUCUCUCUUUCCCUUUUCAUCUGGAAGUGAGAUUCUGUAAGGGAUCCCUUUACCCUUUUGAACCUCCAAUGGUUGUUUUUUACUCCACACAUGAAUCAGUUCCAUCAUCAGGCUGUCUCAAUGUCACAUUAAGGCUGAACAGAGAAGCCAAGGAGUUGUGUGAUGCCGAGAGCCCUGUGGUGUUUUGCCUUGCUAGCCUUCUGGAGGAUGAAGAUGAAAUCCUUGCUUGCUUUAACGUGCCACCUUCCGAGUAUAGUUUGCCAUUAAAGAAAAGUAUUUCCAUUCAUUCUGCGAAAGAAUAUCACAGAGAUUUCCCCACAAGGAAAAAAGUGGCAGACGAGAAAUCAGAAACAACACAACCAAAGACAUCCACAGACAAGGUCAGCAUCCAUGAAAAAAGUAGGAAACUGAAAGAACAAUUUCAGCGAUUGCAGGUAACUUUUCUUAUAUUAAGAGUUGAAUUGAAUGUUUCUGUUGGCCUUAAGUAAUUAACCUUUUAACUCCCAGAAGUGACAAACAUGUAACUUCUCCCAAUGAUAUUCAUAAAGUAUCCUGCAAACAGGUAUCAAUAAUGAGAAUACUUCAAUUUAUCAUGUAGAAGUUGUUUCCUUGAUCUAACACCAAAUUCUCCCAACUAAUGUAGAAAGAAAAGGUGUAACAGCUUGAGGGGAGAAUUAAUAACCAGAUCUUGGGAGUUAAAGAUAGUAAACUUACAGUAAAUGUAAUCAAUUUGUCUGAUUUAUGUACUGUAUACUUGUAGGUCAAGGAUGACAACAUAAUGACACUAGAGCUGUAGAUAAUAGCUAUAUGUAUGUGUAAGUGUUUUAGAUCUCUAAAAAUCCUUAAGGAAUGAAAAUUAACCUAUAGAAAGAGAAUUCCCUAGGAUUUCUGGAUGAACAAGAGCCUCAAACAUCAGCAAUCUCUUACUCUCUGCCCCAGGCCUCUUGUUUGGUCACAAUAAAUUUCCUUACCUGCCUAACUGGAUAUUUUAAGUACCCCCAAUAUUCCUUUGAUAAGUCUACUAGAGUGCAUUGUAAGGUGUACUCACAAUCACUGAUAAUUUUUAUCAUAGAAGUCUAAGUUAACUUUUUUAAUCCCUACAUUUAUUUUUAUCUGAAGUCAGUCACAGCUUAUCAGUCAAUGCUGAAGGAAAGGAAAAAACUCCCUGCAUGGCAGUCACAGCAGAAAAUCAUAGAACAACUCCAAGACCAUCAGGUUCUUGUUAUUAGUGGAAUGACAGGGUAAUAGCCAUAUUGCAUUUAGUAGAUUUUUAGGGCUUCAAUCUUCAAAAAAUGGGUGGUUAGUCUGUUCUUCACCCUUUAACUCCCAAGAUCUCAUUAGUAAUUCUCCUUAUUGUCUACCAUAUAGUUCUUGUGAUGUUAGUUUUGAGAAUUUGGUAUGGGAUCAACUUAUAAUUCCCUAAUUGAUAUUUUUCUUUAUUCUCAUCACUUAUCUGCUUGAUAUUGUAUUGAUAUUGGAAGGAGAAAUUCUGUCUUGUUCACUCAUGGGAGUGAAAGGGUUAAGCCAAGUGGCUCAUCUAGCCAGAGGUUAUCCUGGUUUCUGUAGCAUGAAGCAACUGGAAGUAUUUCUAUCCCUCCCUCCCUGGAUGGAAUGCUCGUCCAUCACAGGCUAUGGGCAGGCAUUUUGUUAGCUUUCCCUGACAGUUAGCUUGUACCCAUUGACACCCCUGGAUGGAGAGAGAGGCAUGGUGAGAGUGAAGUGUCUUGUCCAAUAACACAACACAGUGACCUGGCAACAUCUUGAACCCAGAACUCUUAAGAGUCGAGUAGGUUAAUGGUUGAGCCAUCACAUAUCCACUCUAAGCUGUAAAUACCAUGGCAAUCAGUAAAAUUUUUGGCAACUAAAGUUGCAGAGUGAGGAAGUUGCAUGGUAAUGCAUAAUGGGCAGUAAAAUCCAAAUGUAUUCCAUCUUGAAAGAGACAGAUUUUUUCUACAUCAGAUGUUUGCAACUGAAGGAAGAACAUCUUUCUCUAUUAUCUUUACUUCAGAUUUUUCAAUCAAUGAAUUUUACUUGAUUUAGGUUCAGACUUCAAACUCAUCAUCUCAUAUUUUUUUUUCAGUUGUGGAAAGACAACUCAGAUUCCUCAAUUCAUCCUGGACAGCCAUCUUAAGGCAGGACAUGGAGGUGAAUGCUUCAUUAUCUGUACACAGCCUCGUCGCAUCUCAGCCAUGUCUGUCGCAGAAAGAGUGUCUAGUGAGAGAGUAGACAAGAUUGGACAGUCAGUUGGUUAUCAAGUCAGGCUGGAAAAUAAACAGGUACAUCUAUGUUUGCAAACACCUUUACAAUGUAACUUGGAUGCAGAGAUGUAAAUUAUUUAGAAGAUAGAGAAAGGUGUUUUUUUCUUCUUGUCACAAGCAUGAAAUAAAUAAAAAAUUCUGAGUCCCCACUAGAAAUCAAACCGCACAACUUCAGCUUCCAUGUUCCGAUGCUCUGCCCCUGAGCCACAGAGACUCUAUGGAGAGCAAGGCCCUUUAAAAAGUUCUUAAUCUCUGUUGUCUUUCAUAUUCUACAGAAAAAUGCCUUUACUGUAUAGAAUCAUUUCUUAAAUCAAUCUUUAACUCCCAAGAUCUGAUUGUUACAUGAAAUUUUUCCUUCUAGCUGCUACAAAUUUCCUCGUAAAUUCGUUAUGAGAGUUAGGUGUUAGAUCAAGAUAGCAACUUCUACCUGAUAAGUUUGAGAAUUCUCAUCACCUUUUUGAUGAAUAGUGUACUGAUAUUAUUGGGAGAAGUUACAUGUACACUUCUGAGAGUAAAAGGGUAAAAAAAAAAUAAACAUACUAAGCUUUGGACUAACACUCUGAAGCCUCUACAAACUAAGAUGUACAUGUACAAGAGAGGAUUUUGACUUAAGGCUCACAGGUUACAUUUUUAAUAUUUUUAACCAGAGAAUGUCUUUUUAUAAAUAUAAAUAUUAACCCUGGUUAUUCUGAUAUUUUCAAUUGUUCUCUUUAAGUCCUCAGAAACACGGUUGUUGUACUGCACUACUGGAAUCCUUCUGCGGCGCUUAGAGGGGGAAUCCACUUUGCCAGGUGUGAGCCAUAUUAUUGUGGAUGAAGUUCACGAAAGAACAGAGGAAGGGUGAGCAUUUAAUGCUGUGUGUGACAUGUUCUUUUAUUUGUCAGUUAUAGAUAUUUUGGUAAACAGCACUGUCAAAGGGAUAUUUGAAACCUUGAUGGUAUUGAUUGGAAGCAGUGUGAAAAUUGGAAGCAUUUUAUAACUAGGACGACAUGAAAUCAACUUGUGUCAGCAUCACAUCUUAGUGCAAAUUUGUUGUGGUCUUUCUGUUAUAAAACUUAUUUGUAAAGUUGAAAGGCAUCUCAGUGAGAAAUUUUUUGGGACUAUUCAACAAUUGUCUUGUAGGAAGUACCAGUAUGUUUCAAUGAGUGAUUGUAGCAAGCUGGUAGAUUUAAAAUUGUCAUGUAACUUACACCUCCCUAUUGGCUGCAGAAACAGGUUACUAGUUGGUAAUCAGCCAGAAACUACCAUUGGUAACAAUUUUGUUUUAAUGCUUGAGUAAUAUAUCACUAGUAAUUAAUUGUCAAAGAGUUAAUGUAUCAUGUGAGAUACAUUGAUGUUGUAAAUAAAACUAAAUCAACAACUGGAGAAAACAAAUGGUUAUUAACGAUGACACUUUUGCAUCAACCUUUAAGUGUGUAACAAAUGUUUGAGGCAGGAUGUGAGAUGCAUUAAAAGAGACAGUUUACUGUUUGAAUUUUCAGUGAUUUUUUGAUGAUGGUUCUGAAAGACCUGAUAACUGUGCGAGCAGACAUCCGUGUCAUACUAAUGAGUGCUACAUUGAAUGCUCAGCUAUUCUCAGGAUACUUCUACGAUGCUCCUGUUAUUCACAUACCAGGUACAGUGCAAUCUUUUGUACAGUGACUGUUGUUUCUUCCUUCUUGCAGUGGAGGCUUCUCAUAGGGAAAACUUUGCCAUCCUCCUUAAAAAAAAUAAAUCAACAAAUAGACAAAAAAUAAACAAUGUUUCUUGUGGAGUUCAUCUCAGAGUUUAGAGGCCUGAUGUGAUGUGAUUUAUUUGAUUCUGUUUUAUUAGCAUGAUAUUAGGAGGAUAUAUUUUUCAAUUACUUGUGCUUUUCUUUUUUUAAUAUUUCAACUGGAAGUGUCAUUUAUCAGGAAAUUUUUCAAGUGAUUAAUAAAAUGAUCUGAGAAGUAUUGCUGUGCAAGUUAUCAAGGUUGAAUGCUAUGAUUUUGGGAGUUCAGUUGCAAUGAAAAAUGUUUCAGGCUUUUUUAAUUACCUUUUGAAAUAUUUCUAAUUGCUGCACCCAGGUCGGACUUUUCCUGUUGUUGAGUUCUUUCUGGAGGAUUCCAUAGACUUGACAAAGUGGGUAUAAUUUUUUUAUUAUAUGGAAAUGUUAGAACAGGAAAGUGUGUGUCUGUCGUGUACAUAUUUGCCACAUUAAAAGGUAUCAAGUAUUUGUACUUGCCCAUGAUUGUCUAAAGGCAUCACAUGAUCAAAUAUUCUCCACCUCAAACUGGGAACCAUCUGGUAAUAUUUCAUGAACUUUUUUUUUUUUUUUUUGAAUGUACACAUUAUUAUUUACAUAUAUCACCUGUAACAUUAACAUUACUGACAUUUCUUAUGAUCUGGCAUUACUUUUCAAAAACAAACUUUACUUUCAAAAACCAAAUUACUACUUGCAAUAGUAACAACACUUACAGCACUAAUUUUACUUGUUAUAUAUAUGACAUAAAGUACUAAAAGUAACGUAAUGUACAAGACCAAAUAUUGCUUUCAAUGCUAACAUUGCAAUUACUCUACAAUAAAUAAUACUACUGAGGACAGAGAUGUAGAAUGUUGAAUAAAACCAGCUUAUUACACAAAGUGCAAAAACAGCCUACAAAUUUGUGUGGCACAAUACAUUAUUAUUUAACUUAAUGCUAAUGGUAGAAUGGUAGAAUGGGGAGUUACUUUACUAGAACAGGAAUAAAAUAUCCCCUCUUUUCUUAAUGUUUUACCAGUGUACCAUUUCUUAUGGCGAUCAAAAAGUCUAUGUUAAGUUUAUUAGCUUUUUAGAAUUUUCAGACUUUAGAUCCAAUAAGACGGAAGACCUUGUUUAAAUAAUUAUUGAUUCAAGAUGGCAUAACUUUUUGCUGUUGUUAGCAAAUAAGAGACAAAGUUUUACUUGUUUGUUCAUGAAAAUCUUUCAGAGAACUCUGAAGAGCCAACAUCACACUCAAUGAUAAAGAAAAAACUUUUUGACAGAAAGCUGUUUGUAAAUGCUUAUUCACCUGUGCUUCAAAAGAUAUUUGAUGAAUGGUUAUUAAAUUUGAAUUAAGCAUUUUAAAAAACCUUAAGGUGACUAAAAAUAUAUUCUAGAGUUAUGUUGCAAAUAUAUUAUCCUGGUCUUGUUUCCUGGUCCAAUUUCCAGGAAAGUUUUUCUUAUGUUUAGACAACUCAAGCAAUCAAUGAUACAACUACUGUUGUUUUUUUCAAUUUAAGAGUUUGAAUUCUCCCUUUUCUUCAGGUUUCAAGUGGAUCCCAGUUCCCCCUAUGCAAAGCCUUUGAAAAGUUCCAAUGUCCUCAACACAGCUGGUAAAAAGGGUCAGUUAAACAAAGACAUUCAAAACAUACAAGACUCUUUCUCAUCUGCUGACUUUAAGCCUCCUGAUGACAAGUUUGAUGAUCAGAACUUGACAGAAGACCAGAUGGCCUGGAGAUACUCCAGUAAGUGAAGAAUAUUCAUAAAUCAUACAUAAAUUUUGUUUGUAAAUUUAAAGUUUAGUUAUGGUUACUCUGAUAGUCAGUACAAAAAUGAUAUUCUUGGGAGGCUUUUGCAAAGUUAUAGAUGGGUGAAUUACUAAACAAGUUAUUUCUUAACCCUCUACUUCUAAACAUCAGUAUGUGCGUACGUGCAAAAUUUUGACGCGCACAUUUUUUUUUUAUUCGCACUUGCAUGCGAUUAUUGGCGCGUUUUGUGUGCUUUGUUUUUGUGAGCGGUACUGUAUAUUCCUUAGUAGAGAGUUGGGCUGUCACUGAAGAUUAAUGUCUUGCCUUAGAACACAACAACACUUGACAAUAUUUUUUGUUCAUCACAGAUUACGGUAAAAGUACAAUUUUGUCUCUUUGUACAAUGGAUCACAACAAGAUUAAUUAUGAUCUGGUUGUUGCCAUCCUGGAGUGGAUCGUGGGAGAGGAACAUGAGGUAACACUAUGUGUCUGUCAUUAAUAUAUUGAAAAAAGUGUUGGUGGGAGAAUUCCAGGAUAAAUUGUUUUUAUCAACUGAAUUUUAGGGGGGGGGCCCCCCUCCCCCCGAUCAUUACAACUUCACGUCGAUGUAAGUGUGUCAUUCGGAAAUGGGUUUUACCGCUGGAUUUUGUGCAUAGAAGGCUCGAUUUAUUCCUUUGGUAUUCACUUCGGGGGCCACGUAGAACCACCGAAAGCCUAAUGACUAAGUUUGGAUUCAUUCGUUGUGGAAAAGGUGAGAUCUUCUAGAGGAAGACCGCAAGGAAUGAAACAACUGCGCAAUUAAGCGACCUUGAGCGGCAGCGUCUACAAGUGUCUAGACUUUUUGCAUUGACGAGUCGAUGAACUCCAAAAGGUGACUGAAAAAAUUUUAUUCCUUCAAGUUUUUUCGCUCAUUGUUUUCAAGUUUGAUUUGUAUCUAUAAAAACAGAGCAUUUCCAAAGUUCGUAUUUAAUCUCUUGUUAUUGGCGUUUUUAUUUCUGUAAACCCAUCUUUUACCGGCGCGUUUGAAGCAUGAUUGCCACCCCCCUGACAUUUCCCUCCCCCCUCUCUUUAACCUCCACAAUGAGUCACUAGAUCUGAGCCACCUUAAAUUGUUUUUUUUCUGUUAUUGCAGUACCCCAAGACAGGAGCCAUUCUGGUGUUUCUGCCAGGCAUGGGAGAGAUCAUGACUUUGCUGGAUCAACUUCAGAAUAAUAAAAGAUUCAGUCCGAAAAGCUCAGACAGGUACACAAUUUGAAAGUGUAAUUAUUUCUUAUCUCUUGCGGAGGAAAUUAAUUUCAUCAAAAGGAUAAGAAAUUUAAGGAACAAGCAAGAUAUUCAUCUUUUGAGGCAGAUCCAUUAUUCUUUACUUUCAGAUUCAGGAUACUCCCUCUGCAUUCUACACUUUCAAGUGAAGAACAGAGUUUGGUCUUCAAGUAAGUACAAAAUGUUCCGUCUUGAAUAAGAACUCAUGCCACACUGCGUAAAUUAAUGAUCCGAACAGAAAGUAGGAUGCUUAUCGAGUAUAAACUUUAUAUAAGAGCUUGCUCAUUUAUGAGCUCUCUGUGGCUCUUAGCAUCAGAGCGCGAAUUUCAAAGCUCUCAAGUGUGAAUCCUCAUGGAAACAGAUGUUUUGUUUGCCCCGCGGUCGUGAUAGUGAAUAACAUUUUCCUCUGUUCGACAUACGAGCUCAAGUUUGCCGUCUUCCUUGAUUUAAUCCUUUUGAAAUCUGUGCUGUUUCCUCGUAGUAAUAUGUACUUUGCGACUGAGUGGGAAGGCUAAGCGUGGGUUGGGUCCGUGUGUCAUGACCUCUACGAAAAUAUUUUCCGGUACAGCCCGAACUAACUCGUUCUAAAAGCGUUUUAUCUUGUGGCUGCUUCUUAUUGUCUUUGUUCCUUUCUUACGUUUUGCAUCUUGCGGGGACGUGGAAAAAUGGUCGAACAGAUUUUUAUGGCCCUGCUCGUGUCCUCAUCCAGGGAUUUUUUAAAAUGUUGUUUAAAAAAAAUCGCGGGGCCUCAUGGGUUAUAAGUACUGACAGUAGAGAAUGUAUUCUAACAAUUGCGCAUUACAGGAAACAAAAAGAAGGAGUCCGAAAGAUUGUUCUAUCCACCAACAUCGCUGAGACUUCAGUGACUAUAGAUGAUGUCGUGUUUGUCAUCGACUGUGGAAGAAUGAAAGAGAACAGGUAAGUUCUGGUACAAAAACGCGAUAUUUUCUUUUUUCGGUAAGCUCGCGUAGAGCGCUUUGUAGUCCAUUGUCAUAAAGUCAAACCAAAGUAAUGACAUCGGCCAAUCCGAACGUAGGAAAAUAUCACAAGGAACCAAUGAGGGCUCAACGUAGACGUUGGUUGAGAGGAGGUGCGGGUUUUUUCUUAUAGCCAAUCACGGAGUGCAAUGUAUUGCUAAUUUUGUCAUGGAUUAUUUACGACACUUGAAAAAGUUGCUGCAUGGGAAUGGAGAAAGGGGAGGAUGACUGAAUUAAUGAAUGAAUUCCAUGUUGAAAAUAGUUGGGCUGUUUUAACUCUUUCAUACAUGAAAACAAAUCUUCAGGAGUUUGCGUUAAGGCUUUCAAGUCUUUACCCAAGAAAGAACCUGGUUAACAAGUCAUCUGACGCUAUUUUGUUACACAAAAAUAAUUUGUGGAUAUUCGAUAUCUUGUUAUAUGCAGGUAUGAUUCAGUAAAGGGGAUGGAGAGCCUGGAGGAAGUCUGGGUAUCACAAGCCAAUGCUCGUCAGAGACGAGGAAGAGCGGGCCGAGUUACAUCCGGGGUUUGUUUUCACCUGUUUACCAGUCAUCGAUUUCAACACCAAAUGGCCGGCCAUCAGAUUCCAGGUAAAAAUGAAUAGAUUACGAAAAAUUCAACUUAAUCAAGAAAUAACAGAGUAGGCAAAAUGACCAAUUAGAACACAGGAAAUAUAACAAGGAACCAAUGAAAAUGCGUGUUAGAAUAAAGCAAACUGCCUUGCCCGCGAAAAACCGCGAGUGGCCCAAUUAAUCUGAUUGGUGGAAAGGGAGGAUAGCGCGAGUUUCGUAGACUAAUAAGAGAGUGGUGCAGAGCAAACCCUAUGCAAUGCUGAAUAACUUUCCAAACCCAAGUAACAAUUCCUCGUCGGAAAAUAAUCCCAAACAAUAUUCCCUUGCUAUCUCCAAGAAUAAUGUUUUUCUAUGGGCCAUCUGUGAAAUGUUUACCGUUAACUCAAAGACAACCAUACGAUAUUAAAACCGUGAAUCGUCGAUGAUUCUGAGCAAUGUUGAUCAAAAAUGGAUUUUUGAGUUCUUCGACAUGCCUGUUACAUUUCUGAUAACAAGUCCUUAUAGAUGGGGCUUAAACUUAGCGUAUACUCUUCCAAAUGUGUUUUUUUAAAUUCAGAAAUCCAGCGAGUUCCUUUGGAGAAGCUAUGUCUUCGUAUUAAAGUACUGACGCUGUUCUUUGGGCGAGAGAUAAAGGUUAGUUGGACUUGGAUUAUUUGGAGAGAAAACCAAAUCAGUAAAACCAAUAGUUUUUUUUUUCGUGUGUGUGUGUCCUCGUUUUUCUUGCUUGCGUUACAUAGAAGUUCAAGGAGCAAGUUCAAACGUUCAGUAACUGAGUCUUCAUGCUCUGAAGUGAACUCUUGAUUUACAUUUUCAUAAAAUAUUACUUGUGCCUCUUUCUUGGUUGGCCGAAUAGAAAACCUUUAGAUGUCCCUGGAUCUCCACAACCAAAGUCCGUUGUGUAAUAUUGCAAAAGUAUUUUUUUAAUGGCCAAAAUGUUAUUUUAGGCUACUCUUUUUGUAGUCGCCAAAUGGUGAGUUUGGAAAGAGUUGAGCUUGAAGCCCCGUGAGUUGCUCACUAUGGCUCAGUGGUGGGGCAUCCGACAGCGAAAUUGUAAGAAUCCUUGCGUGAAACUCAAGAGUAUUUACUUUCUCACGCGAGUGACAAUAGCUCGCAACGUCUUUCCUUAUUCAACCUCUAACGUUACUAUACAUUUGACCCACAUCACAGGAUGUCCUUGGUAAACUCCUACAACCACCUUCCGAGGAAUCGAUCAACGACGCAAUUAAACGGUUGCAUAACAUCGGAGCACUGGACACCGACGAGGUACAUGGUGACGUAUGAAAUUGGCGUAUACCACUACCCCUCCCCCCAUAGGGUUUGUGAGAAGAAAGAUCCCCAAUCUCUCCACCCCCUUUGUAUUUAAAAGUGUUUCUAAAAAAAGUGAACAUGGACGUGUACUUUCUGUUUUUUUAGAAUCUCACUUCUCUUGGUUAUCACCUAGCAGCUUUGCCUGUUGAUGUUCGGUGAGUUUAUACCACCAAGGCGUUUGUCCUGCAUCUUUAGAAUAGGCAGCAAACGUUUAUCGAUUCUCAAUUUUUCACAUUUUGUUUUAUAGGAUUGGCAAGCUGAUGUUGCUCGGUGCAAUUUUCCGGUGUUUGGACCCUGUGCUGACGAUUGGAGCCAUACUCAGCUAUCGGUCUCCAUUUGUAAGUAUUAAAUGAACUAUGGGAGAGGAGACGCAGUCAGCUAAUGCAUAGCGCAUUGGACACUGGAUCGAGAGGUCUGGGUUCGAACCUUCUUCUGGAGUGAAUGCCUUGCGUUCAAGGGCGCCACAAUUCACUCUCACACUGCCUUUCUCAACUCAGGAGUAUAAUUUUUAUAUCGGCGAACUGUCAGGAUAUCCUAUGAAAUUCUCGGGACAGGGAUGGGCUAGACAAUAGACUAGCAUCCUAUCUAGGGGAAAGCAGAAAGCGAUACCCUCAGUCGCCUCAUGCCAUAGCCACAGAAAAGUGGAUAUGCUCCGCACCUCCCUUCUUUGCUUGUUUACAGCCAUCUUGUUUGGUUGGUUUCGUGCCCUAGUAAAGUUUCCUUACCAUUUUUUUAAGGAUGCUUAGUUUUCUGUGUACAUUUUUAGUCCGCUCCAUUCGACAAAAGAGAAGAAGCAGAUAAGAAACGACAAGAAAUGGCCAUUGGUAACAGCGAUCACAUGACUCUGCUGAAAAGCUACAAGGUAUUUUGAAAGAUCAUUCCACUUGCAGUCCUUCACAAUGUAAUGGUAUGCGCCUAUUGACCGAGUGGUAGGCUGGGGUCAACACUUAAGUCAUGACUGAGAGUCAAAUUUUUUUCUCGCCCGGUCUGACCUAAUUCACCCAAUAAAAAAAUAAAUCAAUAAAUCACCCUUGCGUUGGUUCCCCCCUCCUUGCGCAAGGCAGGGCGGUCUUAACGGUCCCACUCGAGUCAUUACGUAUGGCUCCUACCCGAUAAUUUUAUUACAAUGUUUUUCAAUCAAAGCACGUGCGGGGCCGCUUGGGUCUCGUGACGAAUGCAAGUUUGCUUUGAAUAUGCGCGUACUUCAAGCUCCAAUUGAAAUCACGAAUCAGUAUUGCACAACUCGAAGUUCAACAUUCCUUUUGAAGUUCAUACAUCCAUUUUGAAAUACCACAAUUUGACUGCCUUAAUACAGGCUUUUUGUCAGUACCCAUUUUAUUUUCAUCCAGCCGCAGUAAAGGGGAAGAAGAUGAGGUGCAAAAUAUGACAUCUGCUCGGUGGUUUUGACUGUUUAUCUCGUGGAAAGAUUUCUUCAGACCAAUAUAAAUUAACAAAGAUUUUCAUUUUUAGGGCUGGCUGGAGACCAUGGCAAGUGGAAUUGCUGCUGGACAUCACUACUGCCGCACAAACUUUUUGUCCAUGAAGACACUUCAGGUUAGCUUAUGCAAUGCUGUAAAGCCUCUUAGGAAGGAAGAACAUACCACAGAGAGUGAGAAGUCAAAGUUUAAACGAAAAGAGACUUUUUUUGCAACCCUAGAAAUAUAUUUUGUUAAGUGCCCAUUCUGUAAGUAGCUCCAAGAGUUUGCUUCUUUUUCCAUGUAGAUGAUAGCAAGCCUCAAGUGUCAAUACGCUGAACUAUUGUCAGAUAUCGGGUUCAUCAGAGCAGAUCUCACGACCAGACAGAUAGGGAGACUGGCGCCGAGAACUGGAGACGGAGUGUUGGCUGCGACAGGUGACGAGGUAUGUCACUGGGGUGGGGUUACUUGUCUUAGAACAGGUACCAACGAGGGAAGGAUCGAGAUCCUGGUCCAUGGUCAUCGCACGGUGCUCUAUCACGUGUUGUAGAGCGCCUAGGCAGGAGGUUGAGGGUUCAAGUCCCGGACUGGACCAACGCUCAGGGUUUUAAAAUAACAGAAGAGAAUUUGCUGCGUUUGCUAUGACAUCUGCAAAUGGUUAGAAAUUCUAGUCUUCUUGGGUAAUGACCAUAAAUCCUGGGCUCCGUCUCCUGUAUCUUCGCUGUAGCUUCUCUGUAGCAGGGGAAGUUUUAGAAACCAAACACUUCUCACAAAGAGCGUGGAACGUAGUUCCCGGUGUUGUUGCCUGGUCUUGUUUCCAAAAUUGGAGGCACUUGCAAAUUUCCUUUAUAAACUGUCUAAUGCAAUCUGGCCAAAGUCCCCAACAAACUGUUGUAAUGCGCUUCAAAUAAUAGUAUUAUGAAUAAUGUGCCAUCUGAAAAUCAUAAAUCAUAAAUGGUGCCGGCGAAUUGUCAGGGUACCUUACAAAAUCCCAUGUACAAGAGUAGUAGUACUCCUUGUUGCUUCAUACUAUUUAGACUGGUAUAAGCUCUGGCGCUGUGGCCCACUUUGCGUGCUUUCCGGUUGCUAUGUUACAACCUCCAAUAACAGAACCAGGUGUUUCUGAUCACUUUACUCUCUUUCUUGCCUCGUUAGGUCAACGUGAACUCUAAGAAUCAGAAGUUAGUUUUGGGAGUUGUUUGCGCCGCUUUAUUCCCAAACAUCGUUCAAGUUGUCAAACCAGACGUGAAAUACAAGGCGUCUGUUGCAGGUGAGUGAAUGGUCAAGGACGCUGAUUAUUCCAUCCACGCCUUCAUACGCAUCACACAGUCAAGCCUCUAAGGGCACUAAAAGAACAGAGCAAAUAGCCUUAACAGAGAGCUGUCCGUGUUUUAGUGGUGACUAAGAUACUUUUAAAGCUUCACCGACAAUCAAAUGUCAUCUAAUUGCUAAAAACGGCCACAAACACGCAUCUGACAAACCGAAUUGAAAGAAAUCCAGAAAGGAAUUCUUAAGGGAAAAGAUACACGAAUAACGCAUGCGUUACGUAACCUCGCAGAAACCAAUGAUAAGUUUAUUGAAAUUACGCUUCUGAUUUUUACUUGUUGCUUAAAGUGAUUUUUGAGAAAAGAAUACAUUUUUGGUCGUUCGUUUCUCUAACAGGGGCUGUUCCUGUGGAUUCCAAAGCAGCUGAACUGAAGUUUUGGACGAAGAAUGACGGCCAGGUCAGCGAGUAGAGUGGAGAUCGUGUUUUCUGGGCAUAGGGUAAAAUAUGGACUGGACCAUUUUUUGGACCAUUUUUUGGACCAUUUUAUAGGGGGAAGCACACCAUUAAUACUCAGGGAGGGGUGGGAUGCAGUCUACUAGUACUCAGGGAGGGGUGGAAGGCAGAGUGUUAUUACUCAGGGAGGGGUGAGAGAAGGACUAUUGCUAGGCAGGGAGAGGUGGGAGGUGGAUGUAAUAGUAAACACUACUUGUUAAUGGAACUUUUAUUCGAUCGUAUAGAUUAUCGUCAUCGGUUUUUCGACUGACUUUUUGAAUGUUCUUCAUUUUUGUCGUCAUGCGAAAGCGAAACUGCCACGUAAACACUGGGACAUAAAAUAAUCAGCAAACGAUUUCGAAGAGGAAUCCAUAUUCUCGUAUCGAGCAUAAGCACUGCUUUACAUGUAAUAUGGGAAAGAUGGGAAAGCGCAAAUAUCGAUUUUAUCUGUUUCGCAAACAAAGGAGUUAAUCACCCACACCGGAAAUAGCGACCAGGCAUUCCUCGCGACUCCCGUACGUUUGUUUUCCAAUUUGCCCGGGCCGCUGCCAAUCACUUCUUGCGUAAAUACCUACGUAACCUGCUAAGUGGAAGUACAGUGGCUACUGUUGCUUACCGAUAUUUUCCGUCGACAAAACGUAGAAGUCAGUAAAUGUGACCGAUUCUGCCCGGAAAAUUUUAUUAUCAGGAGCUUGGAUAUGUCAGGAGAGUUUCAUUGACAGCUGGAUUAACUGCACCCCGUGUUGUGAAACCAUUAUAAAGACAUCGCGCUUUCCUUCGCUUUUUUUGUCACAUACUAAAGGGAAACGUGAGGCAACUGAAAGAUGAUUCAUGCUAUCCCGUCGGUAUCACUUAGCACUAUCACAAGUCGACCUAACAGGCACAACGCAUAUCUUUAUAGUGGAGGAUCAAAAACAGGAAUGGAAUUGGUGAUAUCUUCAAUGACAAUUAUAGUCCAGUGUUUAAGUGCCAGUUUAGCAUUCGCAUUACAAAAGUUGAUUAUUUCAUAUAAUAAAAGUAUAAACGUUGAAAUUGCAAAAGCGCUCGUGAAUUCUAUAUGCUGCUAAGUUAAGGGCUAAGGACCGAAAAUUUCGUGAUCUCGUCUGAUAAGAUGAAUGACAAAAGGAAGAUAGAUAAAUUUAGUAAUUACAUACUGUAUACACUAAGGGAAACGUGAAGCAACUGAUGGUACCAUGUCGACUCAAAAGGCACAGGCAUAAGUCAACAGUAGAGAAUCUUAAACGCGAUGAUAUUUUCAAUAGAAAUCAAAGUCCAGUGUUCACGUGGCAGUUUCGCUUUCGCAGGACGACAAAAAUGAAGAACAUUCAAAAAGUCAGUCGAAAAACCGAUGAAGAUAAUUUGUAUGAUCGAGUAAAAGCUCCAUUAACAAGUAGCGUUUACUAUUACAUCCACCUCUCACCCCUCCCUGCCUACGAAGUCCUUCUCUCACCCUUCCCUGAGUAAUAACACUCUGCCUUCCAACCCUCCCUCAGUACUAGUAGACUGCAUCCCCACCCCUCCCUGAGUACUAAUGGUGUGCUUCCCCCCUAUAAAAUGGUCCAAAAAAUGGUCCAAAAAAUAGUCCAAAAAAUGGUCCAAAAAAAAUGGUCCAAAAAAUGGUCCAGUCCAUAUUUUACCCUAUGCCUGUUUUCUGAUAGUCUUAGUGAGAUUGUUCCUGAAACUAACUGACUGCGUUUUGAAAACCUGCGCAAAAGUCAUUAUAAGGGUGAAGAGGUGCUCAAGGAGUGUAAAACUUUAACUCCCAGAAGUGACCAAGAAAUAAUUUCUCCUCACAAUACCACACAAUAUCAAGCCGACGAGUGAUGAGAAUAAAGAAAAAUAACAAUUUGGGGAUUAUUAAUUGAUCCAAUACCAAAUUCUCAGAACUAACAUCAUAAGAAUUUUAUGGUCGACAGUACGGAGAAUUGUGAAUGAGGUCUUGGGAGUGAAAGAGUUUAAGGCUAGAAAGAGGCUUGGUCAGUUUUGUCGUAAUAUUAUUAGCUCUAAGACUCAGGUAGCGUAAGUAAGUUGCAAUUGGUCAAUUUCAAUUAGUGGCUCGGCUCCCGCAGUCGUCACUGCCGCAACAGUUCUUGUUCUCAAUUGCGAGACCAUGACAGGAAGAGAAAGCUCCACAUUACGUUGUGCCCAUAGAAUCAGACUUUAAAAAUCGUUGCGAGUAAAAUCGCUCUUUCCUCUGCAGGUGUUUAUUCAUCCCAAAUCGGUCAAUUUUCAAGUAAACUCGUUCGACAGUCCAUAUCUCGUGUAUCACGAGAAAGUCAAGACAUCCAAGGUAAUAUGUUUAUUGAUAGAAUUAGAGUUAAGUUUUUGUGGCAAAGUCUUAUGGAAAUCAAGGGCUUUGUUAGGAUGUUUCAAAGGGUGGGGGUGGGGGGCAGUUACGAAACGCCGCACGUCAUACUCAAUCUGGUCUAUACCGCUGGUCUACCCUGUGUAUCAGCGGGUUCUUAUUUAUGCGACAAUAAGUGAGUAUUUAGUACAGGAAAAGAUGCAUGCCAUGCAGAUUCUUUGGAUAUGUGCGUUUUCACCCACUGAAUUAUAGGUUUUGCAUGUUGUUGACUUCAAAACAAAUAAUCCCACUUAUCCCACGGAGGUAAGGACCUCAGGAGGUAUUCCGAGAGGAAUCCCUGGAAAAGCAAUUUCACCAGUCGCUCUAAAGCCCCAAAGGCUCUAUGACUUGAACUUUUCCUUCACUCAGGGUUGGAAGUUGCAUCUGAACUAGAUUUGACUUAAGUUUGACAUAUACGAGAUCCUUUUCAGGUUUACAUCCGAGACUGCAGUAUGGUGUCAGAGUAUUCUUUACUUCUCUUCUGUGGAGACAAUUUGUCUGUCAACCUGGAGAAAGGUGUUUUCGUCAUCUCUAUUGACGAUGGCUGGAUCCGUUUUUCUGCAUCUUCGCACCAGGUUGGUGGCCUCGUUAAAAAACUUUGUGCUAUUUUGGACUCAUGUUUGCAUUCACCUAGUGACAAACAUCUAAUUUCUCCUUACAGACUAAAGGAAAUGAUCAUCAGCUAAACAAGCUGUCGAUCGUUAAACAAAUUCUCCUAAUCAGCGGGCUAGAAAAUUUAUGGAGAACAGUAUGGAGAAUAUGAAAACUGAUGUUAGGGUAUAAAGGGUUCGGUAGUGAUUUUCAUUCAAGGUUCUCUGUUUAUUUUUUUUUCUGCUUUCCUCUUCUCUUCCAGGUUGCAACACUUGUACGAGACUUGAGGAAGGAGCUUGACCGGAUACUGGAAAACAAAAUAGAGAAUCCGUCUUUUGAUCUGAUGAGUUGCGAAAGGGGAAGCAGAAUUAUUGACGCCAUUGUUCGUUUGAUUUCAACUCAGUAAUGACAGGCGCUUGAUGAGAUGACGACUGUCACACGAAGCCGCCCAAUUUUCCGAUAACCUACCCGUCACAACCUGGGUGAAUAAACUAGAAAUACCGGUUAUUGACUCGUUUUUACCGGUGGAACAGGUUACGUUUGAUAUUUAGGUUUCAAAUUCCAAUUAGAAAACGAGUAACCCCUUCUUUUUGGCGAGUGUCGCGCGAGUAAAAAAAAAUCAGCGAAAAAAAAAAAAAGGAUGCUAGAGCGCCGCACGGAACUUUGGGGGAGAGGAGCACUCCCAGAGUUUCGCAUCUAAUUUCGGCUAAUUUUUUGAAUGAAAUAUUGAAAUGAUACUUUAACUGAAAUUAUUGUGUCUAAUGACAUGCUACGCAAGCAGACUGGAGAAUUUACGCAAUGUUUUUCAGUAUUACUCAAGAAUUGAAAUUUCGUUAUGAGCCCAAUACAA